AUGGCCGCGUUUGUCAUUCGCCGGUUUUCGGCGCCUCUGCGUCAUUCGGGCAUUCGCCUCAACGCCCUAUUCGUGAAGCCGAUCUCGUCAGCAGCUCCUUCAGUUCCAUUUGGGUGGCGAGUGUAUUGCUGUCUCUCUCUGCUUAAGCUCCCCUUCGCGUUGCAGCAGCAGCAGCAGCGACUGCAGCAGCAGCUACAGCAACAGCAGCAGCAGCAGCAGCAGCAGCAGCAACUGCAGCAGCAACUGCAGCAGCAACUGCAGCAGGAAGAGGAAGUACCUUUAAACCUGUGGGGUCUGUGCUGCCACCGGCGUUUACAUUUGUCGCAUUUACUAUGGGCACGGGCUUCAAGCCAAGCUGCAGAUACAGCCGGAAGAGUAUUGCUGCUGCUGCAGCUUCGUAGUGUUCUUUCAGAGCUGCAAGCAGCAAGACCUGGUGCUGCUGCUGCUGCUGCUGCUGCUGGGGGAUCUCCUGCUGCGCUGCACCUGCACGAGAGAAAAACACCAGCAGAAACAGAUGCUGCAACAGCAGCAGCAACAGCAGCAGCAGCAGCAGCAACUCCAGCAGCAGCAGCAGCAACUGAUUUACCGUAUCUUGGAGAUUAUACUGUCUUUGCUUCUCCUUCACUUCAUCAUGCGCAGCAAUUUAUUCUCUCAAACCCUAAAUCUAUUGCAGGUUUGUAUCGGGAGCAGCAGCUAUUUGAGUGCUUAGAUUUAACAGGAGAGCAUUUGCUGCUGGGUAAAGAGGAGACAAAACAUCACAAACAUCAACGCCAGUUCUUAAUCCUCGGCACCUUCAACAGAAAUGCUGCUGCUGCUGCUCCUGCUGCUGCUGCUCCUGCUGCUGCUGCUCCUGCUGCUGCUGGUGAUGCUGCUGCUGCUGGUCUUGGCGGUAAAUUCAAAUCAGACGGCUCUGCAGCAGCAACAGCAACAGCAACAGCAACAGCAGCAGCAGCAGCAGCAGCAGCAGAGAAGGAGCGUCGGCGUGCGCUGGGGGACUCCGAGCAGCAGCAGCAGGAGCAGCAGCACGCCAUCAACAGUUCUGAUAGUAGCAGCAGCAGCAACAGCAGCAGCAGCAAGGAGGCAUCUCAGUUGGAUGCUGUUGUUGCAGCAAUUCGUUCUUGUACAGUUAGAGCAACGCCAGGAGCAGCAGCAACAGAAGAAGCAGCAGCAGAGAUAGCAGCAGCAUCAGCAGCAGCAGACGCAGCAGAUUUAUCUCUUGCUGCUACUGCUGUGUCUUUACUGGGGCGUGCCGAUAAAGCAGCAGCAGCAGCAGCAGCAGCAGCAGCAGCACCAACAGCAGCAGCAGCAGCACCAGGAACCUCAAUGGCAGCAGCAGAAUUGCUGUCUAUACCCGGAGGACCCUGGGAUAAACCCAUCACCCUGCUGCAGCAGCAGCAGCAACAGCAGCAACAGCAGCAACAGCAGCAGCAACAACAGCAACAACAGCAGCAGCAACAGCAACAACAGCAGCAGCAACAGCAUCAACAUGUGCAGCAACAACAACAGCAUGUGCACCAACAUCAGCAUCUCCAUCAACAGCAGCAACAUCAGCAUCUUCAUCAACAGCAGCAACAGCAGCAGCAGCAUGUACAGCAGCAGCAGCAGCAGCAAGAUGAAGAGGCUAGGUAUGAGGAAGACAUAUUGUGCUACGCAUGCGGUGAAUUGAUAUUAUUUUUUUCUGAGCAUGCAGCAGCAGCAAAAGAGUUUUUGCUGCGCUGUCCGUUGAAGAAAAUAUAUGCUGCUACAUUAUUAGCAGAGGCAUACCCUCUUGAUUUCUACGGUGCUUGCAGCGAAUAUACAGCAGCAAAGAACUCUGCUGCUGCUGCUGCUGCUGCUGUUGCUGCUGCUGAUGUUGAGAUGCUUCCAGAUGAACAGGAAGUGGAGACAACUGAAGGAGAAGACCCAGUAGGUUGGUUGCUGCAGCAGCAGCAGCAGCAGCAGCAGCAGCAGCAGCAACAGCAGCAACAAGGUACUACUACUACUGCUGCUGCUGCUGCUGCUGCUGCUCCUGCUGCUGCUGCACUUGAUCGUCCUUUCUAUGGUGAAUAUUUACGCGACUGGGCAUACUUACAUCUUCCUGAAGGACAGUUUGCUGCAGCAAGUUGUCUUCCUGCUGCUGAAGCAUCAGAAGCAGCACCUGCUGCUGCUACAGCACUGCUACAAAGAAAUAAACAAAAUAUUCGAGAGUACUUCCCCGGCUACUGGAUUUAUAAACCUGAGACUCAAAUACUCUACAAAGACAAACAAAGUCAAGCAAUGCUCAUCGGUGCCGGCAUCGACGGGACCUUCCGCUGGGAUAAUACACCUUGCAGCAGCAGCAGCAGCAGCAGCAGCAACAGCAGCAGCAGCAGCAGCAGCAGCAACAGCAGCAGCAGCGGGGAUAGUAAUAGUAGCAGCAUCAACAGCGGGGAUAGUAAUAGUAGCAGCAUCAACAGCGGGGAUAGUAAUAGUAGCAACAGCGACACUAGCAGCAGCAGCAGCAGCAGCAGCAGCAGCAGCAAGAAGUCUGGUUUGAGUGCUGCAGCAUAUCGUGCAGCUUUGAUACGGAUGGAAAUGGCUCUGGAGGAAGUAAGACGAGGGGGUUUUGCUGCAGCAGAAAAUCAAGAAGAAGAAGAAGCGCUGCAGU